AUGGAGACUAUCUAUGGGAAAAAUCUAACCGAGGAAGUCGUGGAAGCAGAAGAUAAGAAGCAGAAAGAUCCGUUCAUAUCGAUGGCACAUGAUCUUCAAUAUGAAAAAACGGAGGCGUUUUCACAUGAUAAGGAAGAGUCUGAAAACGGAGAAAGAAGUUGUUCAAAUGUCAUGCCUUCAAAAAUCCUGAAGAACUCGGCAUCAAAAGGGCGUCAAAGGAAGGCAUUCAAACGCUCCAAUGUUGAACGUAAAAGCGGCAAAACCACAUUGGCUGAAGAAAUGAAGAAGAUGGCUAAACUUUGCCAAAAAGGGCGAGAUGGAAAACCAGAUAUCUACGAGCUUCCGAAGUUACCGGAACUACAUCAUGAGAAUGGAGCAGUCGUCAAAUACUACAUCGGACCUGUUCGUCCCGGGACCGACAGCGAAUGCAGAGUACUCUUGGUUGUUGGAAAAACAGGAGCAGUGAACUGCAACAACAAGGAACACCAGAAACUCAAGAAACAGAGCUGUGAUAAGUAG